AUGAAAGAUCGUGUCAAGAGAGGUGUUUCAACAAUGCAAGAAGCACUGGCGCUUCUUGCAGAGCUUGAGAGGGCUACUGGCCAUCGUACUGAAUAUUUCUCGCAGCAGUGGGCACGUCAGAAGGCCUGUCAACGAGAAAAUAUGGGUAAUACAAACAUAGAACACCUCGAGGCUCGUUUAAAGCGCCUGAUUGACCUUGAGGAGAGCUUCCGAGAAGGUCGGGAACGAUUAGAACAACUACGUCGGCGGCGAAGAACAUUGAGGACCCGAGUUUCGAGCUACACUACCUUAACCAAAAACCUGUAUGAAGCGAAGGUCGGUGUAAUCGAACAUCAGAAGCGAUGGAGUAACGCGGAUCAGGGAGCUUCUGCUCAACAGCGAUUCAAGUCUGUCAUGAACACACGAGUGGCUGCUCUCAAAAGUAAAUGGGCAACAUAUAAAGAAAAAGAGGUACACGCAAUGCCCAUCAGCGAUGUUUUCUGGAAUAGUGGUCAUUGGACUCACCCUGGAGAGGCGUGGGCAGUAGACAAUGCAACACAGAGAGGAAUAGAAGCUUAUCGUACUGUACGUAGCUGUGAAGAAGAGUUGAGAAGGGUUGCCCGAGAGGUGCGGAAUGUGGUGCUCCACUCUCUUGAAAUGGAGGCCAAGAUGGAUGAACUGGAAGCUUUGAGCAUCAUACGUAUGUACAUUUUCCACGGUCUAACUUAUGAAGCUGGUUUCCCAAAUGGAACUCGGCCAAUUGAGCUAGUUCAUGUGGGUGGUAUGCUCUCAAAAGAAGCUUGGGACGAGAGCCAGGAGGUGCUUAAAUCGGUGCACAACUCGCUAUCUUGUACAUAUUGCCGUCAAUGGAUGGUUUGGGAUGACGAGAUUCCGUUGUUACUUGAACAGACUCAGGCCUAUUGCGAUAAUCCAGCAGAGACAAAUGCUGCUCUCGUGCUACGCUGGAAAGGUUUGAUGGCUCGGAACCGCGAGAAAUGGGUGCUUAUGAUCAACGGAAAUCCAAUGUUUGCUGAAGGUCUUGAUGAGGAAGACUUCGAAGAGCACCGCCUGAAUAGGGACGAUGCUGGUGAUGAGAACUUAAUGGACCCGAACUUUAUGCCGCUGGAUAGGGUUUUAUUUCAGUAG